AUGGAAGGCAAGAGUUUGUUUACGUGCCACCAAUGCGGUGCGCUGCUCAAGUUCCAGUACAGUCCCGUGUCGAUUGAAGAGAAGAUCAUGCGGCUUCGACCCGUGGCGUACGAGCAUCCGGUGGACCCGGGCGAGCAGCGAUUCAGCAAAGGAGAAGAAGAGGAUCAGGGAGCUCGACUGACCGAAGGAACGGACGCUGGAGAAACUACGGACGCAGACGAAGAAGAAGAAGCUGCAGCACCAGCACAGACAGUGAGAUCGUCGCUCAGUCAACAGCAACAGCAGCAGCAAAAGACGUCGGCCGUUGUUCCCGAGAUUGUCUGGGAACGACAACAUCUGGACAUCAGCGAAGAGAGUGGUGCUUGGAUGCCUGCUGAGUUCGACCUCAUGAAUGGGAUUGCCGCUUUUACGAGCUGCAAUCGGGGAGAUAUCGGACAGAGCAUUGCAGAUGUCGUGCCCGCGCGGCUAUUGAACAAAUCACACUUGUGGAUGUCCGAUUGGGAGAUCGACCUUUCUCUUCCGCAAUGUGAUAGGGAAGGGUGGGUGUAUGCAGCAUCGUACGCUGCAUUUGGUGCGAUAGAGGGACUCGUUGCUUCUGAGAAGGAGGUGGCAAAUGAGAACGAACACAGCGGCCCUGCAGCAAGAACUGAUGCGUGUCCACAGGUACGCCAAAGGCGUUUGAUCCGCAAGCGCCGCAUCGAUGGCAGCGAUCUCUGCUGGUUUCAGGAACUGUUGGACUGCAGCACGGUUCUCCUGAAGAAGAGGCUACCAACUUGCCAUGACUGUGAAGCCAAGGUAGUUUCCCGAUUUACUCAAGCAUUGCACGAACUUGAGAAAGACCACACCCAAUAUGAGGGGUUUAUGGCCCAGUUCGUAGACGAAGAGCGAGCGUCAGGACGAACGUUUUGCGAUGACGUCGACUACGAUGAUGAUAGCGAUGAGUGGCGCGCUGACCCAGAGCUUCGUGCUCUAGAAGAAGAAGAGCGACAGCUUAAGGCUGAGUUGGAAGCCAUUGAGGAUGAGACUGCACAAGUCGCAGCGAAGAGGCGCGAGCUUUGGUCAACCGGAAUGGAUCUCGAGCAUUUGGUCCACGGCACGUUUGCUGAAGGAGCGUUUCUGCAGCAUUUGUUGGGUCUGAGUCGCGACGAGCGCCAAUCGGUGGGCGUAUUCGCCGUUCAUGCGUCCGAUAUGCUACGCCGUCUCCAACGCUACAACGUCUGCAACGAUGUGUUCCACAUUUGGCACGACGGUCUUUUCGGGACGAUCAAUGGCCUUCGGCUCGGUCGGCUGCCAUCAAAGCCAGUGGAGUGGGUGGAGAUCAAUGCUGCGAUGGGCCAGGCAGUGUUGUUGCUGGCAACGAUCGCUGAUCGCGCUGAUUUUGAGUUUUCACGGAAUCGCCUUGUACCUCGAGGGAGCUACUCCCGCGUGGUCAAUAUGUACGGAAAGGAGUACAGCCUCUACAGCGACGGUGGUAUGUUCCGCCGUCGUGGCUUCAACCAGGCCAUGAUCCUUUUUCUCGAGUGCGUCGAAGACGCGGGUCGUCGUGCGAUGAAAGAAGAACCUUCCCUCAAGUUUCCGUACAAGGUCGAGCGAGGCAAGAUUGGUGGUUUGCCCAUUUCACUCGGCAACGACGAGCAGUGGACGCGAGCGCUCAAGUAUAUGCUCACGCACCUGAAAUGGCUACUGGCUUGGAUUUCCAAGCGCUACUGA